CUUUAUAAAGUCAGCUCCUUUUUUAUGAUGUGGUUGCCCCGAACUAACUAACUCCGGUCCGUUGUUUUUAGAACAUAACGGAGACAAGCAAGUUUAGUGAUACAACGACCCUGAAUUCUAGAUCCUGAUCAAACUGAACGCAAGUAUGUUUGUUAUUAUCACGUUUUUAAUCAGGGGACGGCGGAGGGAGUAUAACAUCUGCGCCAUUGCGCAUCGCCUCACAUCGCCGCAAAGAAACCGGAAGAAUUGAAGAACGAAGGUCGGAAGGUGGAAGAAGAAGAUUUGCCGCGCCGUCGCCUCACAUCUACGCCGUCCAGCACUUCUCCAUCCGCUAAUUACCCUUCAGUCUUCACUCUUCUGCUCUUCAGGGCCAAUUUUUUCUUUGGACCGGCCCUGAUUGUACGGAUUAUAAGUUGGGAUGUGAGUCAUCGUGUGCACAUUGUUGAUGCAUUUCACGAAGGGAGAAAUUUCGCUAAAUGUCUUUGGUCCCAGAUUCUUUAGCACCAACUUUUUCUUUACCACUUUUUUUAUGCCUCUUAGUCUUAAUGCUUGUUUAUAAUGCCCUCAAAAUUUUAUAUCUUCUGGUAAAAAAAAGUGUUACCAUUGAUGAAAAAGUUAUUGAAGGCUGCCAUUUUGCCCUUCUCUGGAUGCUCCCACCUAGAAGAGGAAUCAACAUUAAGAAAAACACAAUGGGGCUCAAAGUCUUGUUACCAUCGCAUUUUGCCUUAGUUUUCUGCUUUCUAGCAGUUCUUCAUGGGACUUCUGCAUCUCUUGAAUCUGAUGGAAAAGCUCUACUAGACUUUGCUGCUUCUGUUCCCCAUCGCAGGAAGCUCAACUGGAAUUCAUCCUCCUUGAUCUGCAGUCAAUGGGCUGGAAUUAAGUGUAAUAAAAAUGGGACAAGAGUGAUAGGAUUCCAUCUUCCAGCUUUUGGGUUUUUUGGUCCUAUUCCAGAAGGGACUAUUGGAAAGAUUGAUGCUCUUAGGGUUCUUAGCUUGAGAGGAAACCAUCUCAGUGGAGCUCUUCCUUCUGAUAUAUUCUCCAUCCCUACCCUUCGAUAUGUUUAUCUUCAAGAUAACAACUUUACUGGAAAAAUCCCUUCUUCAUUCUCUCCCAGGCUUGUUUCAAUUGAUCUCUCCAGAAAUUCUUUUACUGGAGAAAUCCCAGCCACAAUCAAGAACUUGACACGCUUAACUGUCUUAUUGCUUCAGAAUAACUUCUUAUCUGGUUCUGUCCCAAAUCUUGAAUCCUCAAAGCUAAAGUUCUUGAAUUUGAGUCACAACUUGCUAAACGGUUCGAUCCCGGAUUCCUUGCAGAACUUUCCAGCCUCUUCAUUUCUGGGUAACUCUCAUCUUUGUGGGAAACCACUCUCUCAGUGCCCUCCAACCAGAGAAAUAGCAAAAGAUCCAAUUUUUAAGAAGAAGAAGAAGAAGCUCAGUGUAGGGACUGUGAUUGCCAUUGCCAUAGGGUGCUCUUCUUUCGUAGCUUUCUUGGCAUUGAUGGUCUCCUUCUUAUUCUUCAAGAAGAGAGUCUCCGACGGGAGUGAGGUGAAAGAGAAGGUCGCCAACGGCGGGAGGAGCGAGAAGCCCGAGGAUUUCGGGAGUGGGGUCCAAGACGCAGAGAAGAACAAGCUGGUGUUCUUUGAGGGAUGUUCAUACAGCUUUGAUCUUGAAGAUCUGUUAAGGGCUUCUGCUGAGGUCCUUGGGAAGGGCAGUUAUGGAACAGCCUACAAGGCAUGUUUGGACGAGACGACAAUGGUGGUCGUGAAGAGGCUGAGAGAGGUUGGAGCUGGGAAGAGAGAGUUUGAACAACAGUUGGAGCUUCUUGGAAGAAUCGGACGCCAUCCGAACAUAUUGUCUCCAAAGGCUUAUUACUACUCCAAGGAUGAGAAGCUUGUUGUUCAUGAGUACAUGCCUGUUGGCAGCUUGUUUGAAGCUCUCCAUGGAAAUAGAAGCACAGAUAGAAGUCCUCUAGACUGGAGAUCGAGGCUGAACAUCGCCCUCGGGGCAGCAAGAGGGAUCGCCCAUAUCCACGCCGAAGGCGGCGCAAGGUUCACUCACGGCAACAUCAAGUCCUCCAACGUACUCCUCACCGCGAACCUCGCCCCGUGCGUUUCCGACUUCGGGAUGGGCCCUUUGAUGAACUACAUCGCCGUGAAACACCGCGGGCCCGGGUACCGGGCCCCCGAGAUGAUCGAGGCCCGAAAGGUCACGCAGAAGUCCGACGUGUAUGGCUUCGGCGUGCUCCUCCUUGAGCUGCUGACGGGGAAGUCGCCGAUCCACGACGAGGUGGUCGACUUGCCGAGGUGGGUUCGGUCCGUCGUCCGCGAGGAGUGGACCGCCGAGGUCUUCGACGUGGAGCUGCUGAGGUGCGGCGGGGGCAACGCGGAGGAGGAGAUGGUGGCGGUGCUCCAGAUCGGCAUCGCCUGCGUGGCGAAGCCGCAGGACAUGCGGCCCGCCAUGGACGAGGUCGUGAGGAUGCUCGAGGACGUCGUGCAGCAAGUCGAGGACGGGAGCCGCCCGUCCUCGGCCGACCGAUCUAGGGGGUCGUACACGCCAACCCCAGAGAGACUCUUCACUAAAGGUCAAUAUGACAACCCUUAUUAGACCCUGUUUGUCUGGUGGAGAGAUUUCGGAGGGAUUCUCUUCCGAAAUCUAGCUACCAAACAAGGGAUUGCAUGAGCAUAUAAGUCACCACUCCUAUAUUUUUUUGUAAUAGUUAGUAUAUUACACUGAUGCAAUUUAUUUUAUUAUUAGUGUAUUAAAGAAGUAAAUGUUGU